AUGGAGCAGAACGGCUCUGAACUGAUGCUGAGGCUGGACUAUAAAGUGUUGGAUGUCUGUGAGUCGAUACAGAGCGACACACUUCAGCCCUCUCCUCCGUCGACAGGUGGGGGGAGGUUUCCAAGCAGGGGUCCUGACACACUUACAAAGAGUGCGGUUGUGGAAGACGUAUAUGGGAGAGGAGUUUAUAUAGAGGAGAACGCAGCCGGCUACAUCACCGAGAUUGUGGCCGUUGUGUUUGAAGUAGUACUCAAAAGACAGAAGAAGAAGCAGAAGAAGCAGAAGAAGAAGAAGCAGAAGAAGAAGGAGAAGAAGAAGCAGCAGAAGCAGAAUCAGAAGAAGAAGAAGCAGAAGAAGAAGCAGAAGAAGCAGAAGAAGAAGAAGCAAAAGAAGCAGAAUCAGAAGAAGCAGAAGAAGCAGCAGAAGAAAAAGAAGCAGCAGAAGAAGCAGAAGGAGAAGAAGAAGCAGAAGAAGCAGAAGAAGAAAAAGAAGAAGCAGAAGAAGCAGCAGAAGCAGAAGAAAAAGAAGCAGCAGAAGAAGCAGAAGCAGAAGAAGCAGAAGAAGAAAAAGAAGAAGCAGAAGAAGCAGCAGAAGCAGAAGAAAAAGAAGCAGCAGAAGAAGCAGAAGAAGAAGGAGAAGAAGAAGAAGAAGCAGAAGCAGAAGAAGAAAAAGAAGAAGCAGAAGAAGCAGAAGAAGAAGCAGAAGAAGCAGAAGAAGCUACACACAUUGCUCUGA